CCAGGUUAAUCAGGAUAAAACAUUUAGUAACCAAAGUCGUUUACCAAAGCUUCCUGUUCCAACUCUCGAAGAGACUACGACAAAAUAUUUGCAUUCACUCCGUCCUCUUUUAUCUGACAAAGACUUUGCAAAAAAUGAAGCUCAUAUUAAAGAUUUUCUUAAACCUAACGGUUUAGGUCGUAUUCUUCAACAGCGUUUAAUCGAUAUUGAUCGUAUAUCACCUAAUAAUUGGCUUGAUGAUACUUGGUGGAUAAAAAAAGCAUAUCAAGAAUGGAGAGUUUCUCUUGUUAUAAAUUCUAAUUGGUUUUUCUUGUUCUUUAAUGAUUCCAAUACACCACGAGAAUAUUUUUCUAUUGACAAUGGUGUUAAACCGCGAGGUCAUUUUUCGGAAUUUCAGCUUGCAUAUUCACCACAUCCAAAUUCAGUAAAAUAUAUCUUGAUUAUCGUGAAAAAUCAAUUUUAUAUUUUGGAUGGAUAUGAUAAAAGUGGUAUACGAUUGACUGCUGGUGAUAUCGAAAAGCAGCUUAAUGACAUUAUUGCUGAUGUUAAAAAGGCCCAGAUUGAUCCACCAGUUGGUAUUCUCACUGCAGAUGAUCGUGAUUCUUGGACUAUGUCACGAGAAAGAUUACUAGCAAUUUCACCACAAAAUCGAGAAACAUUGACUUUUAUUGAGAAUUCAUUAUUUGCUGUCAACUUGGAUGACUAUGCAACAGGAACUGAUCUUGAUAAAUUUCUUGGAAAUAUAUUUCAUGGUUUUGAUGGUCAUAACCGUUGGUUCGAUAAAGAAAUGUCAAUUAUUGUAGAUAGUAAUGGACGUGCAGGGAUGAAUGGAGAGCAUUCUCCAUGUGACGCGCUCAUACCUGCAUUUGCUAGUGAAUGGAUUCUCAAAGAGCCUACUUCACUAAAUGCGCAAUUAUCUGGUCGUCCUAUACCUCCUCCUUUCCGAAUUCGUUUUAUCACUAAUGAACAAACGCUAAAGGAUAUUAGGGCUGCAGAGAGUAGAACUAGAGAUUUAAUUGCUGAUUCUGAUGCAACUUUAGCAUAUUAUCAACUUCACGGAAGAGUUGUUCCAACUUAUGAAACAGGUGCGACAAGAAAAUUUUUGCGAGGACGCACCGAAACAGUUCGAACUUUAAGUGUGGAGAGUAAGGCAUUUGUAGAAGGGAUGUUGGAUAAAUCGCUGAGUGUUCAACAAAAAUAUGAUCGAUUACAAGCUGCGACUAAGGCACACACCAAUUACUCAAUAGAUGCAUCUAAUGGUAAAGGCUGCGAUCGUCAUUUGCUUGGGCUUCGACUUUUGUUACAAAAGGGAGAGUCUCAUCCAAUUUUUGAAGAACCAAUCUUUGCAAAAAGUCAGGAAUGGCUAUUGAGUACAAGUAGCUUAACUUCUGGUGAUUAUUUUAGUGGAACUGGGUUUGGAUGUGUUUACCCUAAUGGCUAUGGAAUUAACUAUUCUCCGGGCGAACAUAUAAUGAAAUUUGGUAUAGAAUCAAAAUUCUCAUCAUCAGAGACUGAUACUAAAGCAUUAAAAGAAAGCAUUAUUAAGGCACUAAGAGAUAUGAGAAACAUUUGUGAACAAGUGAAUGGUAAACCUAGUAAACUAUGA